ACACAACACUUGCCACUGCGAGAGCGAGAGUGAGCGAGGAGCAGUCCAACGUACGCACGUACGAGUACGACGACGGCCAUGGCGAUGAGGAAGGAGGUCCUCCUGGUGGCCAUGAUGCUGGCGCUGCUGGUGGCGGCGCCCUGCGGGGCGCUCGCGGCGUGCGAGGUGGGGCAGCUGACGGUGUGCAUGCCGGCGAUCACCACCGGCGCCAAGCCGAGCGGCGCUUGCUGCGCCAACCUGCGCGCCCAGCAGGCGUGCUUCUGCCAGUACGCCAAGGACCCCUCCCUCGGCGCCUACAUCAGGAGCCCCCACGCGCUAGAGACCCUCACCUCCUGCGGCCUCGCCGUCCCCCACUGCUAGGCUUGCCCCUAGCGACCGAGCAUGGCUCAGCUAUAGGUAGGCUACCUCCGUCCAUGAGAGAUGAGAGACUAUAAUAGCUUAGCCUAGCUGAGACCUGAGAGGGUGCAUGAAUGCUUCCAUGAUGCUGGAAUAAAAUGUUGGGUGAUGAUCGGUGCUGGAAUAAAAUGAGUUUUCCUACCUUC